CGGCUGCGCCCUGCUCGCUGGUGACAUGUCCGGCCAACUGCACGUGCUCCUCCGCCAAUGGCGUCUCCAAGUGUGACUGCCCUGACCUGUGCUACGGGGUGAAGUGCCCCGACGUGUCCACAUGCACCUACAUGCUCGGCGCACCCGUCUGCACGUGCCCUCCGCCCUACACGCGCCUCAUCGACAACAAAUGCUCCUCCGCAACGUUGGCGAAUUCGGACUAUCUGGACAACCAGAAUGCCGCCAGGGCCGCAGUGGGCGCCAUCCCCCUCGUCUGGAACGCUUCCC